AUGCUGGCGAUACCAACGCUGGUUGUCGCCGCCAUGCUUGCAAGCAUGAGCACGCCAACCACGGCGCAGCGGGCGUUCACCGACUUCCCGCGCCCGAGCUUCACCCCGCUCACCCCGUCAUGCAACCUGCUUCCAAACCGGCCCAUCGCCCCCUUCAUGGCGCCCCCGGAGCGCGAGGACGUGUGCUCGGACAUCUCCUGCCCAAGCGCGCCGUCGCAGUGCUUCUACGAUUCAGAGUGCGUUGACGGCCUGUGCCUCGACUUUGUGGAGAAGCCCGCAGGCACGGCGUGCGACGACGGCGACGUGGAGACGAGCGGCGACAUCUGCGACGGCGCAGGCCGCUGCGUGGGCGCAAAGCUCAGAUGCCCCGCCGACCAAGUCAUCGCCGCCAAGCCCGGCCGCACCUCGGUCAGCGCCUUUUGGAUCGCGCCCACCCCGCGCUAUGGCGACGCCGCCUUCAGCGUGUCCUCCACGCACGUCCCUGGCGACCGCUUCUCGCUCGGUCAGACGGAGGUGCAGUACACGGCCACCGCCACGGGUGUCUUUGGCAGCAUCGAGAUUCAGUGCAUCUUCUUCAUCACGGUGGAGGCCUCGUGCGACGAGGCGUGCUGUGACCGCGCAGACGGCCUGUACACGCGCCCAACGCCGGCCCCACGCGACCUCUUCCCGCCCGCGCUGGAUGCGUUUGAGUCCCUCUUCCAGCCAGAGGGCACCUACGAGUGCCGCUCGGAGGUGAGCAUCUGCGACCAGCCCAACCGCUUCCUGCCGCCGCGCCCGCCACGCGCCUUCCCGCUGCCGCCCAAGUUCUUCCCGGAGGCCGUGGUGCCACGCCCGACUGUCACCAACCCGCCCACUACCACCACAACCACAACCACCACCACCACAACCACCACCACCACGCGGCCGCCGUGCGGGUUCGAGGCUGUCGACGUCGGCUUUAUUGUUGAUGUCAGCGGCAGCGUCGGCGCAGCCAACUUUGCGCUCGUGCGCGACUUCAUCGCCAGCACCGUGGACAUGCUGCCCGUGGGCGAGAACACGGUCCGCGUCGCCCUCAUGACAUACCACUCCAGCAACAUGCCGCAGUUUGACUUUGACGACAGCUUCGACCGUGCAACGGUCGUGUCCGCCAUCAGCAGCCUUGUCUACGACGACUCGCGCCAGUACGGCACCGCCACGGGCUCCGCGCUCAACUUCUUCGCCGACAACAUGCUGCAGGCGAGCGCGGGCUACCGCGGCGGUCCCGCCAUCGUGUACGUCUUCACGGACGGCGCGUCGCAGGACGAUGUCACCCCGGGCGCAGCCGCGCUCCAGGCAACCGGUGCGCAGGUCGUCACCAUCGGCGUCACCGCCGCCGUCAACGAGGCCGAGCUGCAGGAGAUUGCCUCGUCCCCGUCCGACGUGUUUAUUGUCGCCGACUUCGACUCGCUCACAGACGAGGUGCGCGACGACCUCCUCAACGUCAACUGCUACUCCACCACCACCUCCGUCACCCCGACAACAGACCUCGGCGAGCUGCAGGAGUGCGUUGGCCGCACCACCUCUGUCACGGGCGACGCCUGCGACUGCCGCGAUGUCAUCAACGAGUGCCACACGUGCUCGUACAACAACGGCAUUGUCGCAAACUCGUGCACCGUCUGCCGCAACGGCCUCUACCUCCACAAUGGCGUCUGUGUUGCCGUCUGUCCCCUGGGCUUUGUUGGCGUUGGAUCAGGCAACUUCAACCGCUAUUGUGCGCCGUCCAGCACCACCGGCACAGACACGCCGCUCACGGGCCCCACCUCCAACCCGGGCUUCGACGACGUGUGCAUUGGCCGCACCACCCAGAACACGGCCGAGGCGUGCCGCUGCAACGACGACUGCCACACGUGCGCGUGGGGCGAGGGUGUCGCUGGCCCUUGCACCGUCUGCAAGAACGCCCGCUACCUGUUCGAAGGCGACUGCAUCGUCACUUGCCCCGUCGGCUAUGAGGGCGAGGGAUCAGGUUCGUGGGGGCAGGCACGGAUGGAGUGUGUUGCUGCAACCACAUCAACGGCAUCCACGACAUCCACGCCUGCCACAGCGCCGCCGCUGGGCGAGGAGUGCAUUGGCCGGGAGACAACCGAGGGUGCUGCCUGCCGCUGCGCUGGCGACUGCUAUCGCUGCGAGUGGGAUGCCGACCUCAACCAGCCGGGCUCUUGCAGCGUCUGCAAGAACGGCAAGUACCUGCUAGAUGGCAACUGCGUCGAUGCGUGCCCCAACGGCUACUCUGGCGAAGGCACUGGCCUCUUUGGCCGGGAGUGCGUGGCCAACGUGGCAGAGACGUGUGCCGGCCGCACCACCACCAUCACAGAGCAGGCGUGCGACUGUGGCGGCGACUGCCACACGUGCGACUGGGUGAACGGCGUGCCUGGCCAGUGCCGCCUGUGCAAGAACGGCGCCUACCUGCACAACUUUGAGUGCGUGGACACCUGCCCCGACGGCUUCGUUGGCUAUGGCACCGGUCUCUUUGGCCUGCAGUGCGUUGCAGACGUGUCUGAGACGUGUGCCGGCCGCACCACCACCGUCACAGAGGAGCCAUGCGACUGCGGCGGCGACUGCCACACGUGCGACUGGGUCAGCGGUGAGGCUGGCCAAUGCCGCCUGUGCAAGAAUGGCGCGUACCUGCACAACUUUGAAUGCGUUGACACCUGCCCCGACGGCUUUGUGGGCGAGGGCUCGGGCCUGUUUGGCCUGCAGUGCGUUGCCAACCGCCGCCGCUCCAUCCUCGCCGCCUCUGCGCUGGGCCUCCUCUCCUCCAACCCGGACGAGUCAGCCACCUCGGACACCACUGCCAUCGCGGUGGCCAUUGCCGGCAUCGGCCUUGUUGUCGGCGUCGUGGGCGUUGUCGCCGUGACGCUUGUACGCGUGUAUGCGCGUGGCAGCGGCAGCAACCGUCUCCGUCGUCGCCGCUCCUCUGGCAAGGCGCAGGAGCCCACCGUGCUGCCCACACACGUCGGCGCAGCUACUGCCACGAACGCGCUUGACUCUAUCACGACACAGUGA